AUGGGUCAGGCCCACAGUGAAUCGGACUCGGAGGUGGCCCUGUCCCAGAUCCAGGACCUGUACAGGAGGUUUGCGACCGAGUGUCCGAGCGGGAACCUGCACCUGCACGAGUUCAGGAGGAUCUUUGGGUUCAGCCACACCUCCUCCGAGGAAGAGUCGGCCUACAUCGAGACCGUGUUCCGCUCCUUCGACACCAACGGGGAUGGACAUCUAGACUUCCUGGAGUACGUGGCUGCCGUUCACCUGAUCUUUCGAGGGAAACUCAAAGAUAAGCUUGUUUGGUCGUUUAAAGUGUUCGACCGCGACGGCAACGGCAGCUUGGACCGAGAAGAGGUCGGAACCAUCAUCAAGAUCAUUUGGAAAAUCAAGAAGCCGCACGAACCCAACACGUCCCUGAGCGUGGCUGAGAUCGUGGACCGUAUCUUUACACUGGUCGACAAGAACAACGACUGUCGGAUCUCGUUGGACGAGUUCAUCGAAGGAGCAGAGAAAGACCCGUGGGUCCUGGACCAGCUCAAACUGGACCUCGGACCCUGUGAAUGGUUCGUUGAGCAGUCAGGCACCAAGACCUGA